AUGAGUGUAGACACAGCAGCAGCAGUCAAGAAAGAGGUUCAAAACAUGUUUCAAGCCGGUAUUAUCCAACCAGCUAAAUAUUCUCAGUGGUUGUCUAACAUAGUACCAGUGCGGAAGAAGAAUGGCAAAAUUCAUGUUUGUGUCGACUACAGGAAUCUUAAUGUUGAAACACCAAAAGAUGUAUAUCCCAUGCCCGUGGCAGAUAUGUUGGUAGAUGCAGUCGUAGGACACGAGUUACUAUCUUUUAUGGAUGGCACAGCUGGUUAUCACCAGAUUCCUGUUUAUGAACCGGAUAGACAAAAAACAGCGUUUCGAUGUCCAGGGUUCACUGGAGUGUUUGAGUAUAACAAUAUGACCAAUGCAGGGGCUACGUACCAGCGAGCAAUGAACCUAAUUUUCCAUGAUGUACUGGGAGGCAAGAAUUUAAGGACAGUGUUCACCAGAAUGAGAAAGCACAAGCUCAGGAUGAAUCCAACUAAAUGCAUUUUUGGGGUUCGAUCAGGAGACUUCUUGGGUUUCAUAGUGCAUGAAAGAGGUAUUGAAAUUGCAGAGGACAAGGCAAAAGCGGUUCUAGAUGCUUCGGCACCUAGGAACAAGAAGGAACUUCAGAGUUUGCUUGGGAAAAUAAACUUCCUUCGACGCUUUAUUUCUAAUUCAGCUGGCAAAACCGCAGUUUUUUCUCCUUUGAUGAGACUUAAAGCAGAUCAGAAAUUUCAGUGGGGACCUGAGCCAGUUUUUGAUAAAAUCAAGGAAUACCUUACUCACCCACCUGUUCUUAGACCUCCACAGCCUGGAAUACCGUUGAAGCUAUACAUCUCAGCUUCCCCUUACUCAAUAGCAGGACUCUUAGCACAAGAUGGUGAUGGAGAGGGGGGCAAGAAGAUUGAACAUGCAGUUUACUACUUGAGCCGGACCUUAUUAGAGGUUGAAACUAGAUACUCGCCAAUUGAGAAGUUGUGUUUAGCUUUGUACUUUAUUGGUACUAAGCUCCGCCAUUACAUACUGUCUUUUACCACGGUGGUGGUGGCACAAACUGAUUUAGUGAAGUAUAUGCUUACCAGACCUAUGCUUAGGGGUUGGAUUGCACAGUUGGCUACUGGUAUCCGCUUGGCAGACGGCGUUCGCGAGAGGAUUUUAAAGGUUCAGAGACGCACAUUACCUUCCUUUAUGGCAAGGAUAGAAAUUAAAGAUGAAUGGUUGGUGGCUGUUAUUGACUCUAUUGAUGUAGAUUGGCAACAACUAAUUAUCCAGUACCUUAUUGAUCCGUCUACACCUGUGGACAAGAGGGUUAGAUAUUUGGCUACAAACUAUGUUCUUCGAGGUGAUGAACUCUUACGCAGGGCAGAAGAUGGCUUGUACCUAAGAUGCAUCUAUGGAGCUGACGUAAGACGUGCUUACGAGAGGUUCAUUGUGGCAAUUGUGGUUCUUACCAAGCUGCACAAGCACAUUCUACUUGCUACAGAUUUCUUCACCAAGUGGGUAGAUGCUAUACCAGUCAAGACAACAUUUGCAGAGGUGAUCACUGACUUUAUCUACAAAUAUAUUAUCACCAGAUAUGGCAUCCCAGAGUGUUUGGUAGCAGACAGUGGGGCAGGUUUCAUGGCUGAAAAGACUCAGAAGUUCUUAGCUGAUUAUGGAAUCAAGUUUCUGCAUUCUAGUCCUUAUUAUGCUCAAUCGAAUGGCCAAGCAAAAUCACUGAGGGUUCGCGAGCACCACCAGUUGAUUGGCGAAGACUAUGUCCAGGCUAUGUAUCAAGAACAUGAAGACUUGGAUUCUCGAUGUAUGGAAUCUUUCAACAGCCUUAUUGCAGAAAAGAAGAAGAUAGCACGGCUAUAUGACAAACGAACGAGAGGACGCAGCUUUGGAGUUGGGGACUUAGUUUGGCAAGCUUGUUUGCCUUACGGUGAACGAGUUGAUAGUCGUGGUAAAUGGUCUGCUAAAUGGGAAGGUCCUUUUGUGAUUGAUCGAGUGAUGGGAAAUGGAGCUUACUACCUUCGCGACACUGAUGGGAAUGUUCACAGAAAUCCUAUGAAUGGUCGCCAUCUUAAGAAGUACUUCCCUAGUGUUUGGGAAUAUGAAGAUCCACCGGCAGCGGUGCAUGCAAAGUAA